AUGGAAGAGAUUGACUAUGAUCUAAAUAAAUUUAGAGUACCACCCCCGAAAGUAGCUCAACCUCCAACUAGGUCGAAAAUACGGCAACAAAAGCUCAAAUAUGCAUUCAUUGGAUAUAUCGUAGUACUAGUGUUUUUAGCAAUUACACAAUUUAUAGGGGUUGGAUUCUUCACGCUGGGAUUCUUAUUAUCAAGAGAUGUACUACCUAAUAUAGCUGAAUGUGGAAGUAGCCGCGAUUCAUCAUGUGUGCUGCCUCGAUUUGACAAAGCAGUGAUUUUAGUUAUUGAUGCGUUACGAUUUGAUUUUGUUAUUCCGGUUGAUGAGUCUCGUGAGUAUUAUCAUAAUAAUUUCCCCAUCUUGUAUGAUUUAGCUCAGGAGGAUAGUGGGGUCUUGUUGAAAUUUAUUGCUGAUCCACCAACUACUACCUUACAACGAUUGAAAGGAUUGACCACAGGGUCACUCCCCACAAUCAUUGACGCGGGGUCUAAUUUUAAUGGAGAUGCUAUUGAUGAAGACAAUUGGUUGUUACAAUUGCGUAAGAUAAACAAAACUAUCGCAUUUAUGGGUGAUGAUACGUGGACUGCUUUGUUCGAUGAGUAUAUUGACCCUAAACUCAAUUUUCCGUACGAUUCAUUAAAUGUAUGGGAUUUACAUACUGUUGAUAAUGGAGUUAUCGAGCACCUAUUUCCUUUGUUGGAGAACGAACAGAACUGGGAUAUGUUAAUUGGUCAUUUCUUGGGGGUUGAUCAUGUGGGCCAUCGAUAUGGACCAAGACAUUAUUCAAUGAAGGAAAAAUUAAAUCAAAUGAAUGAUGUUAUUAGCAAAGUUGUCGCUGAUUUGGAUGAUGAUACAUUGUUGAUUGUGUUUGGUGAUCAUGGCAUGGAUUAUACUGGGAAUCAUGGCGGCGAUGCCCCUGAUGAAUUGGAAAGUACGUUGUUUAUGUAUUCAAAGAAACAGAAAUUUUUCAAAAAGGAAAAGAACUCGUAUGAUAUUACUAAUAAAGGUGUUAAUUAUAGGCAGGUUAAUCAAAUUGAUUUGGUACCUACUAUAUCGUUACUCCUAGGGCUUCCAAUUCCAUUCAAUAAUCUUGGGUUUCCUAUAGAUGAAGCUUUUGGAAAUGCCAAAGAAGCAUUAGUUGCGGGAAAGUUAACUAUUGAACAAAUUAAACGAUUUAGAGACUUGACACCAAGUUUAUCUGACUCAUUACUUGAACAAUAUGAAGAUUUGAUCAGAUCUUAUAAAUCGAAAGCAACUGAUUUGAACUUAAUUGAGCAAAUGAAACAAUAUCAAUUUCAAUCAUUGGAACAAUGUAAAUCACUAUGGGCAAGAUUUGAUUUGCGAUUUAUGGGAAUGGGGAUUGUCGUUUUGUUUUUAUCAUUAACAUUUAUGAUCACUUAUGCUAGAUCCAUUCCUGCAGUGAGAGUACUGACUCUUUCUUUUGAAUUCAUUGGGUCAGUAGUUGCAAUGUCAAUAAUUGGAGUUGUUUUGAGUUUUUCCGUUUAUAUUGUCCUCAAACCCGGUGACUUCACAUUAAAAAUUUGCCUUUGUAUUGGAGCCGUACUAGGUAUGGUUGUUGGAUUUUGGGCUCCAAUAAUGGAUAGAUUUAGUGUUGAAUUUAUCUGGCACCAAACGGUUGAUUUUUUCCAAUUUAAUUUCAAUAGUUGGUCGUUCAUGGGAAUUGUUUUUGUUACUUUGCAUUGUCUUAUGUUUGCUUCGAAUUCGUAUGUUGUUUGGGAAGACAAAAUGGUGCUGUUUUUCUUGCUUUCUUUUGGUGCUAGUUGUGUUUAUGCAUUGGCAGUAAAGGUUAAUUUGUCCAAAGAGGCCAAGGUUUUGGGGAUUAGUCAUGCAAUUACGUUUGUUGUUUUAACGAGAGUUGCAUCAAUGGUUACUGCAUGCAGAGAGGAACAGAAACCAUAUUGUGAAACGACUUUUACUACUUCAUGGUGGUCAAUUGUUGUACUCCAUGCACUCACGUAUUUGCUUCCUGCAUUCAUCAAAUCUUUUUACAAGUUAUCAGAUUCAUAUUAUUCAGCAGCUCCAUUAUGGAUAGGCACAGGACUCAAGUUUCUUUUAUUUAUGAAUGCCAUGUAUUGGACAUUCGAGUAUGUUCAAAAUGAUGAAUUUUUCAAUACUGCUCGAUUCACCAUUAGUGAACCAUUAUUGAAAUCUUUGAAACUUGCAAUUGCAAGACUUGUAUUGUUUAUUUCAUUGGUGUUGGCAAAUUUCAGUUGGUCACGAGGUCCACUUUGUGUGAAAUUAGAGUUGGUAAAAACUAAAGACGAUGAAAGUCUGAGUGAUUCUGAUGAUAUGAAGAGUCAACGAUCAGCUUCGAUUUUAGGAUAUGGCAAUGUUUAUGGAUCAUCUUAUUUUUUACUUGUGUUGAAUUUCACUAUUGCAGUAAUGUUAACCACUAAACCAAUUGGUGCUAUAUGCAUUAGUAUUUUGAUCAUACAAAUCCUAUCCUUACUUGAAAUCAUUGAAGAAUUGGGGUUAAGAAGAAACUUGGUCUCUCCAAUCAUUUUCGGCUUACUUGGGUAUCAACAUUUUUUCAGCACUGGCCAUCAAGCAACCAUUCCUUCAAUACAAUGGGAAUUGGGGUUCAUGACAACUGAGACAAUAGUAUUUCCAUUCACUCAUUUAAAUAUUGUGUUAAACACAUUUGGCCCAUUCUUUUUGGUUGCUUUAGCAGUUCCAUUAAUCACUAUCUGGAAGAUUGUCCCAUCACCAAAACCAAUAACAGUAUUGUCACAAAUUAUCACAAAUAUAACUACACUUAGUACAUAUUUCUUGUUCACUGGUUUAAGCAGUUCUAUAUUCGCUGCUCAUUUUAGACGUCAUUUGAUGGUGUGGAAAAUAUUUGCACCUAGAUUCAUGCUUAGUGCAAUGUUGAUUAUAUCGAUAAACAUUUUCUUAAUUGUUGUUACAUUAUGGGGUUCAGGCAAGGUGUUGAGACAAGUCAAUAGAAUAUUCGGUAAAUAG